ACCUGCCACGAUGGCCUUGACCCCAGAAUUGAGGACACAAGCAAAAUGGAAAGAGAUAGCAGGGAUCCCCCUGGGAGCUGCGACUGUGGACAACUGGAACCAGAUUCAGGCCUUCAGGGCCAAGCCAGAUGACCUCCUCAUUUGUACUUAUCCUAAAUCAGGGACAACAUGGAUUCAAGAGAUCGUGGACAUGAUUGAGCAGAACGGGGAUGUAGAGAAGUGUCAGCGAGACGUCAUUGAACAUCGGCACCCUUUUAUUGAGUGGGCACGGCCACCCCAUCCUGACUAUCCUGGAACUCACUAUGUAGACCAGGCUGGCCUCGAACUCACAGAGGUCUCCAAUGAGAUGCCAUCCCCAAGGAUACUAAAGACCCAUCUUUCCACUCAGCUGCUGCCACCGUCUUUCUGGACAAGUAACUGUAAGUUCCUUUAUGUGGCUCGGAACGCCAAAGACUGCAUGGUUUCCUACUACCACUUCUACAGGAUGAACCAGGUGCUCCCAGAUCCAGGCACCUGGGACGAGUAUUUUGAAACCUUCAUCAGUGGGAAAGUUUAUUGGGGAUCCUGGUUUGACCAUGUAAGAGGAUGGUGGGAAAUUCGAGAUAGAUACCAGAUUCUCUUCCUCUUCUAUGAAGAUAUGAAGAGGGACCCAAAGCGUGAAAUCCAGAAAGUCAUGCAGUUCAUGGGAAAGAACUUGGAUGAAGCUGUGCUGGAUAGAAUCGUCCAGGAGACAUCAUUUGAGAGAAUGAAAGAGAACCCUAUGACAAAUCGUUCAACGGUUCCCAAAUCUCUCCUGGACCAGUCCAUUUCCCCUUUCAUGAGAAAAGGAACUGUGGGGGAUUGGAAGAACCACUUCACUGUGGCCCAGAAUGAGAAGUUUGAUGAAAUCUACAGACAGAAGAUGAAGGGAACGUCUAUAAACUUCUGCAUGGAACUCUGA